AUGGCUCGUACAAAGCAGACUGCCCGUAAAUCCACCGGUGGUAAAGCACCCAGGAAACAACUGGCUACAAAAGCCGCUCGCAAGAGUGCGCCCUCUACUGGAGGGGUGAAGAAACCUCAUCGUUACAGGCCUGGUACUGUGGCACUCCGUGAAAUCAGACGCUAUCAGAAAUCCACUGAACUUCUGAUCCGCAAACUCCCCUUCCAGCGUCUGGUGCGAGAAAUUGCUCAGGACUUCAAAGCAGAUCUGUGCUUCCAGAGUGCAGCUAUUGGUGCUUUGCAGGAGGCAAACGACAAGAGACUCACCAAGGGCAGCUGGAAACUGGAGGUUCUGGGAGUGGGCACAAAAAGCCCUACUCAAAGCCAUGAGUAUAUGGCUAGGCUGUAG